ACCCCGGUCGGAGCGACUUGUGAGCUAGCUGCUGCUAGCUGCUGCUAGCUGCUGCUGCUCUCUGCUGCUAGCUGCUGCUGCUAGCUGCUUCUUCCCUUUUACUGUUGAACCUCGUCUGCUGAAGCAUCGCGAGUUGUCAACUUGACCCGGAGACGGUGAAGUGAGGAGAACUCGUCAACUCUGUGGAUAAACAUCUGUGAGGGAGGGGCUCGGGCCGUGGCCCCGCCCCCGCCGCUGACCUCCGUCUCCUCGACUUUCACUUCGCUGAACGGACCCGGAGCACGUGUGACAUGAGCCGGACCGUCCCGCAGCACCUGUAACCGGACGUCCGGCCAGUCGAGGUCAUGGUUGUGUGUUCGCUCGUCAGGAUGAGUCGCCGCUCGGCGGUGAACCUGCUGAGCCUCGGGAAUCGAGCGGUGGUCGGGGCGCUGUACGGAAGCCCGCUGCGCACCCUGCACACGUCGGUGUGCGACCCAUCGUCGAAGGGCGCGUUCAAACCGGAACGAGUCGCCGUGGUCACGAAGACCACGAGAUACGAGUUCGAACAGCAGCGGUACCGGUACGCGGGCCUGUCGUCGGAGGACCUCAAACAGCUGCUCGCGAUGAAGGGAUCGAGCUACAGCGGCCUGCUGGAGAGACACAACAUCCACACCCACAACGUGGAGCACAUCGUGAGGAGCCUGCGGAGCGAAGGCAUCGACGUGCGAGUGGUGAAGAGAGGAGAGUACGACGAGGAAGUGGUGCGAUGGGCCGACACCAUCAUCUCUGCAGGAGGUGACGGGACAAUGCUGCUCGUGGCCAGUAAGGUUCUGAGCAACGACAAACCGGUCGUCGGGGUGAACACGGACCCUGAGAGGUCAGAAGGUCACCUGUGUCUGCCUGUGCGCUACACUCGAGCGUUCCCAGAGGCUCUGCAGAAACUCUGUCGCGGUGAGUUCAGGUGGCUCUGGCGCCAGAGGAUCCGUCUGCACCUUGAAGGCACUGGGAUCAACCCCACGCUGCUCGACCUGCACGAACAGCAGCUGAGUCUGGAGCAGCACUGUCAGGCCCAUCGCAUCACCACCAUGGACGGACAGCCAGAAACUGGAUCUCUCCACCAGAGCGUCCCUAAGCCGAGUCUCCUCCCCGUCAGGAGCCUGAACGAAAUCUUCAUCGGAGAAUCUCUGUCGUCCAGCCCCUCUUCCCUGCUCGUCCCUCCGGCUCUCGGCGAUGGAGCCUCUGUCCACCUCAGGCUGAAGUUAAAACCCCGUGUUAACCUCUCGAUCCACAGGGCGUCGUACUACGAGAUCUCCGUGGACGACGGCCCCUGGGAGAAGCAGAAGAGCUCCGGACUCAGCAUCUGCACGGGAACAGGAUCCAAAGCCUGGUCGUACAACAUCAACAAACUCACUGAACAAACCGUGGAGGAGGUUCUCAAGAUCGGAAAGUCUCUAACAGCUCUGGAAAUCCCACUGAAUCGUGAAUUUAUCGACAAGGUGACUGAUGAAUACAACGAGUCGCUGGUGUUCGCGCCGGACGACAGACGCUUGUUCUACAGCAUCAGGGAGCCGAUCGUGAACAGAGUCUUCUCCAACAGUCGACAGAGGGGCUUCGCCAGCAGGGUUUGCGUCCGCUCCCGGUGUUGGGACGCCUGCAUGGUGGUCGACGGCGGGACGUCGUUCGAGUUCAACGACGGCGCCAUCGCCACGAUCAGCAUGAGCGAGGAGGACCAGCUCCGGACCGUGGUUCUGGAGAACUGAGGACGAGUUCCUCUUGGGCUGAAAGGUUCGAGGUGAAAGGGAAGAACCAGAUCUACGUUUUUAUCCACCACAUGCGUUGAACAUUUUUAUACCUGACUUAAAAAAAAGGUAUCGAUGUUGCUAUUGUUUUAUCAAACGUGUGCAAUGCAAGUUUUUCCAAAUCUUUGAUAAAUUUUUUUUAAAUUUCCCUCCAACUUCCCGAAAGCUUAAACCAGUUGAUCCACGAUGAUUCAUUCUGUAGAUGUUUCACAUCCGAGCUUCUGUUUUCUGAUCCGAGGACGAGACAAAGAUCAAGUUUCACGUGAACUCGUCGGCUGUCGCUAACGUUUUUUCAUCAGGGCAACGAAUACUCUCGCUCUAUCAGUAAAAAUGAUUUUUAGCUUUGAGGAGCAUGAUGAUAAUGAUGAAGAUGAGAAGACUGGGACCUGCCUGUGUCUCCACAACGUCAAUCUUUAGAGACGAGUCUCAAACACUGAGGUAGAAUCUGACCCAUGUGGAUUUUUGGGGGCUGAUGCCCAUAUUGACAAUAUUUAUUAUUUGAUAUUUUUACAGUUUAAACAUAAACUUUAUUAUAAAUAGAAAAGAUAAUAUUUCUAGAAAUUGAACUUUUCUAUAUUUGUUUAUCCUGCGAAAAUUAAAAGUUUUCAUAUUCCGCAAAAAAAACGAACGCAGAUUCGUAUCCAUCUGUGAAAUUAUCAUCCAAACAAUAUAUCUAUCGUUCCAUGUGUCGGAUCUUCACCUCAGAACUUUUUUCCGGAGGGGCUGUAAAUGUUGCUGCUGUGAAAUCGUCCGACUGACAAUCUCCUGCUCUUUCGUCACACGUGAACAACAAACUCCAGAAAUUGUCUGGACCCAAUUUUUGCAGAUGAUUUCCAGAGUUUGUUUCUGAAAACUUUCUGAAAAAGUUUCUCCAGCGAGAGGAAACUUUGUGGUCGGAUGGAUCAACGUUUCGUGACAAGAGCAAAGAUAAAAACUGAAGGCACCUGUUUGUUACUGAAUUAAGAUAUUUUUUGAACGUGGGGGAUAUAGGUCAUAUUUUUAUAGCGGUUGGUGCUAAAGGGAGAACAGAGUGAAGAAGUGCUCUAGAAAGUAUUUAGGUCAAAACUAAAACUCUAAAACCUUCAGAGGACGAGAAGUUAAAUGUGGGAGUUUCCACAGCACCAACGUGUUCAAACUGACUUAAAACCUUUUACCAGUAAAGACGCUGUAAGAGUUCUAAUCUGCAUCGGGCCAAAGUCGCCGGCUCCUUGUGGGAACGAGUCACUACGUUCAUGUGGAUUUUGUUUCAAUCAGAUAAAAGUGGUGAAAAAGAAAAA